CGGGUCCAAACUUUUGAUAGAGGCUGAAACAAAUUUGCCACUUCUAUUCACUAUCGCACAUCGCUCACUAUCAAAAUCUCCUUUAGAUUAUCCCAUCAAAAAUUUGUUUUUGUCAAAAAUUAAUAAUAAAAAAAAAAAUUAAUUUGCAUGGAUUAGUCAUUUCGUCUAACAAAAAAUAUUACUACGUACAUGAGAGUAGCCUGGCCAGGAGUCUUAUGUUUUUUUUUUAAGGUGUGAUUAUCCGUAUUAUUGCCAUAUUGGUGGUUCAUUUGUUGGUUUGGUUGUCAUUGAGGUAGGGUUUUGCAAAUUUUCCCGUACAUGCAUGAGACGGUCUCACCUAAAAAUUAUACUCGAACUCAUCAUUCUAGUAAUCUUAAUUAUUUUCAAGGUUGCAUGCUAAUUAACAUGAGUACGACGACGAACAACCGUGUGGUGGAGAAGGAGGCGACGGAGGCGGCAGAGGCUGAGGAGGAGGAGCAGAGGUGGGCUGCUUUACAGCGGCUGCCAAUUUAUAAAAGUAUAAGAAAAGGGUUGUUGAGGCAAGUGGUUGAUGAUGGCAAAGUUAAUGUUACAGAGAUUGAUCUUCAAAAGUUGGGGAAACAACAGAAGAAGGUUUUGGUUGAAUCUGUACUCAAAUUUGUUGAGGAAGAUUUUGAAAAUUUUCUCACAAAACUCAGGGACAGGAUUCAUCGGGUAGCAAUUAAAAUUCCAAAUAUUGAAUUGAGAUAUGAGCAUCUGUCAGUGGAAGGAGCAGUACAUGUAGGAAGCAGAGCCUUGCCCAACUUGCUAAAUUCCUCAAUGAAUAUACUAGAGAUGAUUCUUGGGUUGAUACGAUUAACCCCAUCAAAUAAAAGGACCAUCAAGAUACUCCAAGAUGUUAGUGGCAUUGUUAAACCUUCCAGGAUGACAUUGCUUUUGGGGCCUCCAGACUCUGGCAAAUCUACAUUACUACAAGCACUCGCAGGGAGGCUAGAUAAAGACCUUAAGGUAUUUUCCUCGAUACCUUUCUUGAUAGACAAUAUUUAAAACCUAUGUGAUAUAGGAGGAAGUCCAAAUACAUGCCUG